AUGGCCGCGGGCCGCGCUCCCCGGCGCGGGCGCCGCUCUACAUGGCGCCCGCCGCCCCCGGGUUCGCGCCGCCGCCUCCCCACUCGGCGCGGCUGGAGGACGGAUGUGGAGCCGCACUUCCGCUGCCUAGAGGGCGCUGCCCCGCCGCCCGGCCGCCCGCUCCGCCCCGGCCCCACGGCGCCGCCCCUGCCCGGCCGCUCCGCCCCUGCAGCUCCGCCCCGGCCGCUCCGCCCCUGCAGCUCCGCCCCGGCCCGGCCGCUCCGCCCCUGCAGCUCCGCCCCGGCCGCUCCGCCCCUGCAGCUCCGCCCCGGCCCGGCCGCUCCGCCCCUGCAGCUCCGCCCUGGCCCGGCCGCUCCGCCCCUGCAGCUCCGCCCCUGCAGCUCCACCACGCCCCGGCCGCUCCGCCCCUGCAGCUCCGCCCCGGCCCGGCCGCUCCGCCCCUGCAGCUCCGCCCCGGCCGCUCCGCCCCUGCAGCUCCGCCCCGGCCCGGCCGCUCCGCCCCUGCAGCUCCACCACGCCCCGGCCGCUCCGCCCCUGCAGCUCCGCCCCGGCCCGGCCGCUCCGCCCCUGCAGCUCCACCACGCCCCGGCCGCUCCGCCCCUGCAGCUCCGCCCCGGCCCGGCCGCUCCGCCCCUGCAGCUCCACCACGCCCCGGCCGCUCCGCCCCUGCAGCUCCACCACGCCCCGGACGCUCCGCCCCUGCAGCUCCGCCCCGGCCCGGCCGCUCCGCCCCUGCAGCUCCGUCCCGGCCGCUCCGCCCCGGCCCGGCCGCUCCGCCCCUGCAGCUCCGCCCCGGCCCGGCCGCUCCGCCCAGAUCCGGCCUCUCCGCCCCUGCAGCUCCACCACGCCCCGGACGCUCCGCCCAGGCCCGAACGCUCCGCCCCUGCAGCUCCGCCCAGGCCCGGCCGCUCCGCCCCUGCAGCUCCGCCCCGGCCGCUCCGCCCCUUCAGCUCCGCCCCGGCCCGGCCGCUCCGCCCCUGCAGCUCCGCCCCGGCCGCUCCGCCCCUUCAGCUCCGCCCAGGCCCGGCCGCUCCGCCCCUGCAGCUCCGCCCCGGCCGCUCCGCCCAGACUCGGACGCUCCAUCCCGGCCGGGCCGCUCCGCUCCCGGCCUGGCAGCUCCGCUCCCGCCCACCGCUCCGUCCCGGCCGCUCCGCCCCGGCCCGCCCUUUCCGCCCCGCCCCGCUGCGCUUGGGACGCUCGGUCCCCGACGCCGGCGUCUCGACCGGUGCUGGGAGGCCCGUGUCCCGCUGCGGUCCGGACUCCGCGGACCCGCAGCGCCGGUCCCUGGGUGGCCCCGGCCCGAACCCAGGAAUAAGGCGGUGGCGACGGCACCUAGGUGGGGGGCGCGGGGUCCCUGCCCCUGGGUCCCCAACGCCACCGCGCCUCCCGGGCCGCCGGGCCCAUCCUGAGGUCUCUGACUCUAGGCCUGGGACCGGGGAGGCCGGGGGGCGCGGGGGGACCGAAGGGAGCAUUUCCGAGUCCAGGUGA